GCGGCGUGCACUCGCGUAGACGGUCGUGGGCGAUGGUCGUGGUGGCAGCGGCGCCGAGCCCGGCCUCUGGGGCCCCCAAAGUACUGCUUCUAUCCGGCCAGCCCGCCGCCGCCGCUGCCGCCGGAGCCCCGGCCGGCUCGGCCUUGCCGCUCAUGGUGCCGGGUCAGAGAGGGGCCACCCCCGAGGCGGCAAGCGGGGGGCCGCCCCAGGCGCGCAAGCGACAGCGCCUCACGCACCUGAGCCCGGAGGAGAAGGCGCUGAGGAGGAAACUGAAAAACAGAGUAGCAGCACAGACUGCCAGAGAUCGGAAGAAAGCUCGGAUGAGUGAGCUGGAACAACAAGUAGUAGAUUUGGAAGAAGAGAACCAAAAACUUUUGCUAGAAAAUCAGCUUUUACGAGAGAAAACUCAUGGCCUUGUAAUUGAAAACCAGGAGUUACGACUGCGCUUGGGGAUGGAUGCCCUGGUUGCUGAAGAGGAGACAGAGGCCAAGGGGAAUGGAGUGAGGCCGGUGGCCGGGUCUGCUGAGCGCAGCACUCAGACUACGUGCACCUCUGCAGCAGGUGCAGGCCCAGUUGUCAUCCCCUCAGAACAUCUCCCCGUGGAUUCUGACAGUGUUGACUCUUCAGACUCUGAGUCUGAUAUCCUGUUGGGCAUUCUGGACAACUUGGACCCCGUCAUGUUCUUCAGAUGUCCUUCCCCAGAGUCUACCAGCUUGGAGGAGCUACCAGAGGUCUAUCCAGAAGGACCUAGUUCCUUACCAGCCUCCCUUUCUCUGUCAGUGGGGACGUCAUCAGCCAAGCUGGAAGCCAUUAAUGAACUAAUUCGCUUUGACCAUGUAUACACCAAGCCUCUAGUCUUAGAGAUGCCCUCUGAGACAGAAAGCCAAACUAAUGUGGUAGUAAAAAUCGAGGAAGCACCUCUCAGCCCCUCUGAGAAUGAUCACCCUGAAUUCAUUGUGUCGGUGAAGGAAGAACCUGUAGAAGAUGACUUCAUUCCAGAGCUGGGCAUCUCUAAUCUGCUUUCAUCCAGCCACUAUCUGAAGCCAUCUUCCUGCCUGCUGGAUGCUUAUAGUGACUGUGGGUAUGAGGGCUCCCCUUCCCCUUUCAGUGACAUGUCCUCUCCACUUGGUGUGAACCAUUCUUGGGAGGACACUUUUGCCAAUGAACUCUUUCCCCAGCUGAUUAGUGUCUAAGGACUGUUGCCCUUUUCCUUGACUAUUGACCCUGCCAGGAGGAGAGCAGACAAGCCUAGCUGUGCUUUAUUCAAAAAGCCAAAGUAGAGGGCUGGGGUUGUGGCUCUGUGGUAGAGUGCUUGCUUCAUGAGGCACUGGGUUUUAUUCUCAGUACCACAUAUAAAUAAAUGAAUAGAAUAAAGGCCUAUCAACAACUAAAAAAAACCAGAGUGAAUUAAAAAAAAAAAAGCCAAAGUAGAGGGCAGACAGUCCUAGAUUCAGACCUCAGAUGACUCCAAGUAUUGUCUUUUCAUAUCCAGCAGUCCAAGUUACUCACACGUAUUACUAUAAUUUAGAGCUACAACUUUUGAGAUUGUACUUUCAAGGACAGUAGUUUGCCCUAUGAUUCUUAUGUAAGGGUCAUCUGAUGCGUCUUAGAGUAGACAAUGGAAUUUAUGAAUGGCCUCUUACCAGUUUUUCUUACCCCUUCUCAAGCAUCAAGGCUUGCCUCCAAUUUUAGGUCCUUUAGUUUGCCUCUGCAAACAGAAAAAACACCUAUCUGAGGGGGCUCCUUUUUCCUUAUGAAUAGAUUCAAGUAAAGAUCAAGAAUCUUGUAAAAUUAUAUAGAAAUUUACUAUGUAAAUGCUUGAUGGAAUCUUUUCCUGCUACUGUAGUUUCUGGAAGGUGCUUUCUUCAUUUAUUUAAAACUACCCUUGCAAUUAAAAAGUGCAAUGCAGUGUC